AUGGGCUUACUGACGCUGAUCAAUUUAUGUUUUGUUAGACAGGAAUUGCUGGCAUGGCUUAAUAACCUGCUGCAGCUGAAUCUCACCAAGAUUGAGCAGUGUGGAACCGGUGCUGCCCUCUGCCAGAUCUUCGAUUCGAUUUUCAUGGAUGUUCCUAUGUCCCGGGUCAAGUUCAACGUCAACACUGAAUAUGCUUACCUUCAGAACUUCAAAGUUCUUCAGAAUGUCUUCGCCCGUCACCAGGUCAACAAACCUAUCCCCGUCCAAUCCCUUACAAAGUGCCGCAUGCAGGACAACCUUGAGUUCCUCCAAUGGGUUAAGAAAUACUGGGACCAGCACUACCCCGGUGGUGAAUACGAUUCCGUCGGUCGACGCAAGGCGUCCGGCGCCCCUGCUUCCGUCGGUGGCGCCCCCGCUUCACGCGCCCCAUCUGCCAGCAGCGCACGCCGUGGAGUGACCCCAACAACUGGCGGCGUCCGUCCCCGCGUUGCCGUCGGCGCGGCCAGUGGAGCAGCGGUGGCUGCCCUACAACAGGAGGUCUCGACACAGAAGGAAGCUAUCGCAGGGUUGGAGAAGGAGCGUGACUUCUACUUUGCCAAGUUGCGCGAUAUUGAGCUGCUGCUCCAGAGCGCCAUUGAAGCCGACCCCGAGCUCGAAAAGGAGGAAGAUACGCUUGUUAAGCACAUCCAGGGCAUUCUAUACUCGACCGAGGACGGCUUUGAGAUUCCCGCUGAAGGAGAGGAGGGUGCGGCCGACGAGCUCGAGACUUUUUAG